UAAAGUUUAUUUAAAAUCUCCUUACUGCAGCAAUGGCGGCUCCCAUGUCCUGGAGGAGGCUGGUGUACUCCGUGUACUCACCGGCCAUCGCCGGGGUUUUCUCCCGAAUAUCUGACCGGGUCUUCCGCGCACGGGACAGAAGAAGAGGCUCUAGUUCGAGGACACUUAAAUAUCAACCAACCUUGUCAGGUGUCCCCUCGGACCGCAGAGCUUCCCUGUCAUGGUCCUCGGUGCUGCUGCUGGCUCCCCUCCUGGCCGAAGCCGACCCGGCCCCCCGACAUGUCUCUAGGCCCACCGGGUCAGCCGGCGCUCAGGGUACAGAUGGCCUCUGCAGCCACUUCCGAUGGAUGGCAGAGCACGUACCUGCUUUCCGGGUGCCGGGCACCCACAUCCACAUCCUCACCUCACCUGACCAGUUCUACCAGACUAUGAAGGCUCGCAUCAAGACUGCGAAGAGGCGAGUGGUGAUGGCCUCGUUGUAUCUGGGAACAGGUCAGCUGGAGCAAGAGCUGGUGGACUGCAUGGAGGAAGCUCUACAGCGCUCACAGGAGAACAGUAAUGCUCCUGACCUAAAAGUCUCCAUAUUGCUGGACUACACUCGCGGCUCACGAGGACAGGUUAACUCGAGGACCAUGCUGCUGCCGUUGUUGCAGCGCUUCACCUCUCAGAUGAGGGUGUCUCUGUACCACACUCCAGACCUGAGGGGCCUGCUGCGGCUGCUGGUCCCUCAGCGCUUCAACGAGACCAUCGGAGUCCAGCACAUCAAAGUCUACCUGUUUGACGACAGCAUUAUCAUCAGCGGUGCCAACCUGAGCGACUCGUACUUCAGCAACAGACAGGACCGCUACGUGCUGCUGGAGAACUGCAGUGAGGUCGCCGACUUCUUCUCCGACCUGGUGGAAGCCGUGGGAGAUGUUUCCCUGCAGCUGCAGCCCAACGACUCGGUCACCAUGCUCGAGGGCAUGGUGCACCCGUACAAAGGCAACAGGCAGGACUUCUCGGUGGCAGCGAGGAAGCGGAUCAUGGAGGUGGUGAACACAGCGCACGUGAGGCAGCGACUGUUGAACGGGUCGGAGUUCUCAGAGGACGAGGGGAUGAGCGAGGGGGAGGAGGACACCUGGGUGUUCCCUCUGGUCCAGAUGAAACCUCUGGGGAUCCAGGUGGACGAGCAGGUCACACAGCGCCUGCUGACCGACGCCGGGCCAGGCUCCACUGUGUUUCUAACAUCGGGUUACUUCAACCUGACCCGGGCGUACAUGCGGCUGGUGCUCGGGGCCGGAGCCAGCUACCGCAUCCUCACCGCCUCCCCCGAGGUCAACGGGUUCUUUGGAGCCAAGGGCGUCGCCGGAGCGAUCCCUGCAGCUUACAUCCACAUCGCCCGACAGUUUUACAACCAGGUGUGCCGGCUGGGACAGCAGGAGAGAGUACACCUGCACGAAUACCACAGAUCACAGUGGACCUUCCACGCAAAAGGUCUGUGGUAUUACCUCCAGGGGCAGGAUCGGCCUUGCCUCACUCUAAUUGGCUCCCCUAAUUUUGGAUACCGCUCAGUUCACCGUGACCUGGAGGCCCAAAUCGCCAUAGUGACGGAGAACGAGGAGCUGCAGAGCCAGCUGCAGGAGGAGCAGGAGAUGUUGUACAAGCGGUCCACGGAGGUGUCCGACUCGACGUUUGAGCAGCCGGACCGCCACGUCAAGCUGUGGGUGAAACUAGUCACUCCCCUCAUCAAGAAUUUCUUCUGAGACGCCACAAGGAGGCUUUGGUUUUCUUCCUUCUUAUGGUUCGAGGUCUUGUUGGAGGAUGGUUGGCUCGUUCACACAGGACCCUCGAGUAUCACCGGCAUGCUGGGAGUCUUUAGCCUCGCCUCGACUAUAACCCUCAUCAGUUUGUCCCAGGAAGUGACUCGCACGCACACAGGAAAGGCUGUUUGUUGUAUGUAAAGUCAGCAGCUAAAUCCUGUUUUUGUUUUUUGUUUUACACCAGAGAUUCUGUGAUUUACCUGCACAACUGAUUGAACUCUGUUACAGCUGACGUCUUCACACUGUGGAUUUGAGGUGUUUUUUUUUUUUUUUGUAUAAUGGACUACAUUUCAAAAACCACUUCUCCUACUGCACAUACAUCUCUACAGCUACAUGCAGCAUGUAUAAGAUAGUAAUAGAGACUGUGAUGGUAAACAGACGGGUGUGGUGAAGAAUUACAAUCCCUUGAAGAGCCUUAAUAACUGUUUUUUAAAAGAGUUUACAGCUGUAAUCAAACUGUACAGUGUCUGUGUUAUUAUCUUUGUAAAUUAAAGGACUGUGUUUUUAAAAUGA